AUGUUUUCUGGACGCAGCCAUUCUAUGUUGAACGCAGUCCUGUGGUCUGUUCUUUCGCUCUGCACUGCUGCACUGGUGCAAUAAGUUAGAGUGAGACAAAUAUAUAUAUAUCUCACUCUAACUUAUUGCAGCAGUGCAGACAAAAGAACAGACCUAUUGUUUCUUUUAACCUACCAAUUCUUUUAACUUCUAUUCCGAACCUGUAAAGCGGGAAGCACACACUCUUGUAUAAUAAAGGUAUAAUACACUAUAUAUAAGAAAAUUGACUAAUCAGAGUCCUUUAAAAAAAAUUAGCUCCAAAAAGUCUUCACUAAAUUAAAAAAAAAAACUAUAAUAUAACCCUUUAAUUCUCGUGCACGAGAACAGGUUAGGUAAACUUUGCUGCAACUAUAUAUUUUCAUAUCGACAAUUACACAGUGCAUCUGUUAUACCACAUGGUUUAUCGCACAUCAGUGAUUUUUAGUCAACUAAUAAAAUAUAUCAUCUGUUAAAAGGUGCUUUUUAUAGAUUUCUCAAUUACAUCAAGUCACCUAUUCAAGAAACCUCAGUAUUUUAUUCUUUUUUACGCAAAAUGUCAGAGAACAUGGAUAAGAAGGUGAAAAUUGGUACUCAUAAUGGUGUUUUCCAUUGCGAUGAGGUGCUUGCCUGUGUGCUUUUAAAGCUAUUGCCACAAUAUAUGAAUGCUACCAUAGUGAGAUCUCGAGAUCAAGAUAUCUUAGACAAAUGUGACAUUGUAGUGGAUGUUGGUGGAGUGUAUGAUCAUUCCGCCCAUAGAUACGAUCAUCAUAUGAGAGAAUUUUGCCAAACAUCACGCACUGUGCUGAAGAAUCCAAAUUACAACGACAAGAUCAAGUUGAGCAGUGCUGGCUUGAUUUACUGUCAUUUUGGCCAUGAAAUAUUGAGGAAUCUACUUCCAGAAGUAAAGGACGAAGACAUUGAAGCGAUCUUUAAGAAAAUCUAUAAUACUUUAAUUGUGGAAAUUGAUGCUAUAGACAAUGGUAUACAGAUGUAUGAACAUCCAUUGUAUUCCAUAUGUACUAACUUGAGUUCUCAAGUGAAACACCUGAAUCCUCCUUGGAAUAGUACAAAUAUGAAUGAGGAAGAACAAUUUGAGAAAGCCAUGGCUUUGGUACUUGAUGUAUUUAUGGAUUUUGUGACUCGCGCUGAGAAAAUCUGGCUACCAGCAAAGGAAGUUGUGCGAAACGCCGUGGCUAAUCGAUUUACGGUUGACCCAAGCGGAGAGAUAAUGGAAUUGUCGGAACCAGCACCGUGGGAGGAGCAUCUAUUUACAUUAGAGGAAGAACUGACAAUAAGACCAUUAAUAAAGUUUGUCAUUUUCUCGAGAAAAGGCGAGAAUCGAGUCCAAGCUGUACCGUCAAGAUACGGUGUUUUCGAAUGUAGAUUUGACCUUCCUAAUAAAUGGUGGGGCUUACGUGAUGACACGCUCGUGGCAGCUUGCGGAAUCGAAGGCGCCAUAUUUGUGCACGCAACUGGGUUCAUAGGCGGACACAAAACUAGAGACGGGACCUUAGCUAUGGCGCGGGAAGCCCUCAAAAUUAUAAAGCAUGAUGAUCCAAACAUGAUGGAACAUGAUGGAAGUCUAUAAUAUGACAGAGUAGGAGACAAUUUUUAAGUGUUUAGUCGAUUUCUCACACUUUGGAUCAUCAGUUAGAUAAUCUAAAUUUUUUAUAUUAAUAAAGACUAAAGCAUUAUAGGUGUAACGGAAAGAAUGAGUUACGUGAUAUACAGUCGUCAAGACGUUUGAAA